AUGGUUCGUGCUUCUAGCGCCGACACCAUUCGAGACACGAGGAGCGCCGACAAUGAGGGAUUUUCUGGUUGUGAGCAUAGAUUAGGAGUAAAGGAUGAGGAGAUCAGGAAUAGGGGGUUGGUGGAUAAGAUUUUGGACAAAACCGGGAUGAAAGUCACUGGGAAAUGGACGGUUCAGCAGGCUGCUGAGAUGUCAAUUGCUGCGCCAACUAUUGCAGCUCCAUCAGAUAGUAGGUAUAUGAGUGGGUUGAAGGAGGGGAGAGAGGCGGCCUCAGAGAUUUUUAAGAAGGAAGGGUUGAAGGAGGAUAUUAAUAAUGUGGGCGUGGUGGAUAAGAAAAGGUUGAUCGAUGAUGUAAGGCAGGAAUUGUACGCGUCGAAGAUUUGUAGUUAA